AUGUCGUACGAAGGCGUUCCAAUGAAAGAAAGUGGAGAAGAGAAAAGAACAUCGGGUGAUGGUUUUGUUAUCUCGCGAACGAAAGCAAUCGUUUUAGUAGUUAUUGUAAUCUUAUUGAUCAUCUUUGUCGGGGUAAUGUCGGGCGUACUCAGCGCAAGAAAAGCAAGAAAGGACGCGCUGGCAGAGAUGACAACUGAGAAGCCAGUCAGAGCGACCGGGCAAGGCCCUACAUCCGAGGUGAAACCCACCGAGGAACCAACUGGACCUGAGCCGUGGUAUCAAAUCCGACUGCCGCAAAACAUUCGACCAAUUCACUAUGAUCUGUACUUAAAUCCGUCUUUGGAAAAAAACACUUUUGACGGAAAAGUCUCAGUGUUGGUUGAAGUCACGAAAGAAUCUGAGUACAUGUCUUAUAUGCUGAUACAUAUCAAUGACAUGAACGUGACUAGCGCCAAAGUUCACAAACGCGAUCCGAACGCGGAGCCCCACGCCGCUGCCCCAGGAGAAGAAAUUCCCUCGGAGACUUUCGAAUAUCCGAAAAAUGAAUAUUUUGUGUUUGAACUGAAGAAAGAUCUUGAAGCUGGUGGCCAGUAUGUAUUGGUUAUGGAUUAUAAAUCGACAUUUUCCAGUCAGUUAAAUGGCCUGUACAUAAGUACAUACACGAACGAAAAAGGCGAACAGAGGUGAGUUUAGUUUUCACAUGACAGGUAGUUUAUAAUUUAUAACUCUUCAGAUCCCAUUAGUAUCCAUGAAAUUUUAAAUAGACAGACAAGCAGACAGGAGACGGAAAAUCAUAAAAUUCUUUUAUUGCACUAUGCGCCAGAGAAAUGUAUAGACAUCAUUGGGAAAAUAAGGGUUUGAGAUCUAGAGCGUGAAUCAAAAGUCCUGCUAUUCGUCUCAAAACAAGAUAAUAUAUAAAAAAUUAAGAGAGAGAUUAUCAUUCUAUCUUGUUAUUAAGUUAAGGGAUUAAUUCCAUGAUGAAUUUACAGCCUUUUAAGGAAACAUAGUAGGACUCGCCACAAACUGGACGAGAAGUGUGUGACAUGCCCUUCACAUGGUCUAAGUAAACCACACACUCACCUUUCUUAACCGAAAAAUCAGGCCGUAAUACAUCGAAUCCAACUGAAAGAAGAACGAAAAAUCAAUCGGAAUUACAAUCCUCAGCCUUUUAUUUUUCUCUCAUUAUAAAUUGAUUAUUAAAGUACAAAACCCUAAAGAACUGGACGUAAAAAAAGAUGAGCGAUCGCCACAAUUGGGGAUGGGGUUUGGCCGAAAACGCGGCUUCUUGGCAGGUUAAUUCAUUCAUGCAUUAAUUUAUUUCAAGGGGGCCGCCAUUAGUUUAUUUUAAAAAAUUCGAUUGAUCGGCAACUGGUCCUGCAAUGUAACGAAUUUUGGAGUGUUUCUACAAUUGGAGCACGUGUCCAGCUUGUGUUAUCGAGCCCGAACUUUUCAAAUCGGAAAAAUGGGAAAAGGUGUGCACAUCGAUGAGCACUGUACAUCUGAAAGUCGUAAAUCAUUACUUUUACUCUGAUUGAGAUGAAAUUUAAGGGUCGUCAGACCAUGUCACGCAGCAACUUUCCGGCCGAGGGGAACUAUUCCUCUCAGUGAAGUCGGAACCAGAAUAGCCAGCUCUCGAUGUUCUUUUUGCCCUCGAAAACGAAGAACCCAGUUCUAAAGUUGGCCAGUUGACUGACAAUGCGGGGAGUUUUAGGACAGCCUUGUCUCUAGCAGCAUUCCAUCGGAUAAAGCGUUAGCUCUGCAAGACGAUGUGUUCCUUGUUCAAAUCGUCUGUCAUGAACCACCGACGCAAGGGAUUGCUCAAUCGGUGAUCUAUUCAUAUCUCGGGUCUCCCAAACUCCAUAUACGAAUACUUAUUUAGACAAGAAACACAUACUACAUUUUAAUUACACAACAGUAGACAUGAGAGGAUUUGUUUCGAAGUAGUUCUGAAUAGAAACCGAAUGGAUAAUAGGGAUUUUAAUUAAAGAAAAAAUAAAAUAAAAUCUUUUUUGCGUCGUUCGUGCAAUUUUUUUCGCCGCUUGUCUGGUUUUUCUGGUUGUUUCAUGACGAAAAAGCGGAGGAACCAACACCACCUUAAUCGAUCGCUAAGCAACAAAGAGAGUCAACAGCCGUCAUACCGGAGACACAUCAACGGAAGCGAGGAAAGAAUUUUUUUCCUCAUUAAAAUCCCUUUCACUUUUGCUUCUUAGUUCAACCGUUUUCUUCGUACGAGAUAGCUGCAAAAGUUCGAGUCUCCUCGACCAUACUAUCUGAUCCCGUGUCAAACAUUUGAUGUCAGAUUUUCCAAAGAGACUAGUUUCAGUAGUUUCAUCGUUAGAUAAACCGAACUAACAAAACCAGUUCCAGUCCUUUAGCUAUUACUAGUAAACAAUAUUUCAUCGUCAUGCGUGCCGUUAGUUAACAAGCUUCGAUCAGCACAUUGUUUAGAUUCUUGAUAUACGUAAACAGGAGAAACCCAACUCCCUGGAGAAUUUCGUCUUCCGUCUAAUUUGCUGGAGCGGAUUAGAAGGGAACCAGAAGCCGGAAUAUCCAGUGCUACAACUGCUAGCUAGAGUCUUGCUUCCUGGGAGUGUUGUCUAAUUCAAGAACAGGUGUAGAGCGGCUUGUGUCGAGGUCGUUUUCGAGCCGAUUUGCUCUUCCAAGACAAAAAGGACCAAAAGCAGGAUGUCAGACGAUGAAUUUCAAUUGAAACUCGAAGAGGAUGGCGAAGAUGAGAAAAAGGAGCAAGAGUUUGUUAUCACGCGAUCGAAAGCGAUCGGGUUGGUUGUAUUUGUGAUUGUCUUGAUAAUAUUUUUCGCAGUGAUUUCGGGUGUUUUUAGCGCCCGUCGGGCAAGAAUUGAGGCUCUGGAUGAAAAUCAAAGCUCGAAGGGAGGUAAAGCACCAGGUAAAAGGCCAGCACCUACAGAAGAACCUGGAGUAACUGCAGGGACUGAGGUUUCUACAUCAACAGCAGCACCCACGAACGCAUCUACCAACGCGUCCGGGCCAAUAUCAAACGCGACAGCGGUGACACCUUCACAGCCUGUGAAGCCGUGGAAGAACAUCCGAUUACCGCAAAAUAUUCGUCCAGUUCACUACAGUGUCUACUUAGAUCCCUACUUGGAGCUAAACACUUUUAAAGGAAACGUGUCGGUCUUAAUAAACGUCACGGAAAAAUCCGAUGUCAUGUCCUACAUUUUGAUUCAUAUCAAUGACAUGAACGUGACUCACGCUAAAGUUUACAAACGCGAUUCAAACGUGACAUCCAACACUACCUCCCUGGGAGAAGAAAUCUUUUCGAAGACCUUUGAAUAUUCAGAAAACGAUUACUUUGUGUUCGAACUGGAGAAAGAUCUUGAAGUUGGUGGACAUUAUGUACUGCUGAUGUCCUAUAAAUCGACAUUUUCCAGUCAGUUGAAUGGUUUGUACAUAAGUACAUACACGAAUGAAAAAGGCGAACAGAGGUGGGUUGUUUUGUGUGACAGGUAAUGUUAACUGAGUAUUCCACUACACUGGCUGGAAAUGAAUUUGAAAAUCCUUGAUUUAGUUUUAUGAGUGUGGUAAACUGUGAACAAUGAAAACUUCAAAUUUCUAUCAGAAGCACUUUUGGAUAAUUAUUUACAUAUUAUUAUGUAUUUAUGAAGCAUUAAUGCCUACUAAUAUUUGGAACUUAAGGUAGUUUUAUGUUAAAUGGUAUGUCUUUGUUAACAUUUGCUGUGAAUUAUGAAUUUCAAUUUAUUAGUCAAGUCAUCUUUUGAUACAAAAUUUGGUGACUCUAGAUAAUAAUUGACACAAAAUUUAGUGAUACUUCAAUAAAUGUUAAUUAUUAUCAUUAAUCAUAACAAUGUUUGCGUAAAUGAGGAAGGCCAUAGAUGAAUCUCUCCUGGACUCAAUGUAAUCAUUUUCUGGUAAUCUACUGUGAAGGAAAUCUUUGGUCAAAGGUUAUUAUGAUAUUUUAUUGAAAAUAUUGUAUCUUGUAAUAACAAGAUGUGUAAUAUAUAAAGAUGUACUCACUUCCUUAUCAUAGCAAAUUACUUUUACCUUUUUCUCUUUUUGAUAUUAAUGAAGUUUUUGAAGUAAAAAUUAUAUGUCUGUUAAUUACAAGUGGAAACCCCUUGUUUUAAUGUUAAUUAUUUCAAAAUCUCAAACAUUAGAUUUAAGAUGGCACCUUUUGAUGACACGUUAAAAGCCAGUAACUUAAGUUUUGGUCAAGCAAAGCACACAUGACACAAAUACCAAACCUGGUGCUAUAUCCUCCUUCAAGCUUUGAACAUCUCUUCCCAGUUUGAAACUUACAAUGUAACAAAAUUAUAAGUGGGAAAGUAUUUACAGAAAUUUUCAUUGUUUCAAUACUCUGACAGAUGAUUCUUUUUUAAGCAUUCACCGGUUUGUGACAGGUUCUUUGGUGCUAGAUCUAAUUGUUUUAAUUCACAAUAUUUAGCAGUACUGGGCAGUUGGGUUUUUACAAUAAAAUGGUAUUUUGAUAUAUAAUGCAUUAAUGUAUCAACAUGAUUAUAAAACGAAGUGUGUGCUUUUCAUUGUUCAGACGUCUUGCAACCACAAAAUUUGAGCCAACUGAUGCACGCAAAGCCUUACCAUGUUUUGAUGAGCCUGCCAUGAAAGCAACAUUUUCCACUGUGAUUGUUCACGAGAAAGACUACAGAGCAUUGUCAAAUAUGCCAGUGGUUAAACAACAGCAGCUGGCAAAUGGGAGAAUAGAAUCACAUUUCAUGAAGUCAGUCCCAAUGUCAACAUAUUUACUGGCAUUUAUUGUAUGUGACUUCAAGUUCACAAAUGCAACCACCGGACAGCAUAAGAACAUCACAGUGAGUCAUUUGUUUAACAUUUAUUAAAAUUGCAAAUUUAGGAGUGGUAGACCAGCUAUAAAACCUUAAAUGUCUUGUCCUAGAAAAGUCAAUACAAUCAAUACUGAGCACUGCCUUUGAUGAUCAGACUUCACGAUCAAAUUCCAGGUAGGUGCUGCAUUUGCAAAAUGCAUGCUUCUUUUGGGAAUAUGACUGAAACAUGAGAAGGGUACAGUACUUUUUCAAAAAACAGCCUACUAACUUUUAAACUUUACAACAGCUCAGAGUGUGGACAACACCAGCCCAAGUGAACCAAACAAAAUUUGCACUGGAUGUUGGAAAUGGUAUCAUCACAUACUAUGAGGAGUAUUAUAACCUUGGUUAUCCUCUUCCUAAACAAGGUUUGUGUUUGUUUGUUUAUAGCUCUACAGAGAUAUUUAAUUAUAACAUAAUAGUUAAUAAGAGUUUCAAUAAACAAGAUUCUUUAUUGAUGUGACUGUUUAUAUAAGUCCCUCGUCAUGUCAUCCCAAGUUAUGUUGCGUGAAAUCAAGCUGAGUGACCUCACCUCUCAGUGUAGCUACCUGUAUGUCCCCUCUGAUUUCAAAUGCCCUAGACAGGAGAUCAAAUUGACUGCAAUACAAGAAAAAGACAACAGGAGUAACAUUUUUUGUUGAAAAUCUGUUUUUAACCAGUCAAUCCAGUAUGUGGCAACAUGACCACACUAGGGCAAGGUUACUCAGAUAAAGGGGCAAUUUUACUUGGGGCAAUGAAUUUGUUUACUAGUUUUAUUCUUUAGGCAUAUGAAACGAUUCUACUACAGCAAGGGCAUUUUGUGGUGAUUGCUCACUCAAAUAGUGGUUGAGCAUAUGUAAACUAAGAGUUUGCACCUGAGCUUAAGAUCGAGUCCUGGUCAUCCUUUCAAUAUUACCAAAUUUAUUUUUAGACAUGAUUGCCAUACCAGAUUUUUCAUCUGGAGCCAUGGAAAAUUGGGGAUUAAUUACUUAUCGUGAGACAGCUUUGCUCUUCAAUGAGGGUGUGUCUUCUGAGGCCAACAAACAAAGAGUCGCUGUGGUGGUUUCUCAUGAACUAGCACAUCAGGUAUGAGGGGAAAAUCACAUGGAACUGUUCAGUUAAUUUUCUGCCUUUGAGUCUUACAACAUCUACUUGUUACAUUGAUAAUAAUUUUGGAAUUGAUGGCACACCCUGUUUUCAAUGAAUUCAUUUUGAAUCAAAUUUAUCUUUUAUGGCCUAAUGUUGACACAGUUAUGCCAUUCAAGGUGAGAGUAUUAAACAGUUCCUAUGAUAGUGCAACAACAUGACUAAUCUUUAAAGAAUAUCUUGUUUUUUUCAGUGGUUUGGGAACAUUGUGUCUCCCAAGUGGUGGAAUGACUUGUGGUUAAAUGAGGGAUUUGCCAGUUUUGUAGAAUACUUAGGUGUCAACCAUACCCAUCCAGACUGGGAAAUGGUAAGGGUUUUAUCACUGUUACUCUGCAAGUAACAAAUUAUUCAUGGUGCACUUUGUUGUCAGUAGCCUCUGUUAAAAGUAAUUGUUUCAUACCUAAUUAUCGAAUGAAAUGUUGAGUUGGUGACCAACUGACUCUCCAACUGACUGACUUGACAAAUACUGUUUGAUGGUCUGGCACACUGACUGACUGACAGACUGACCAACUAAAUGACUGGCUAAGGGAUUGAGUGACUCACUGAUUGACUUACUGACAGAUGGUCCAAGUGACUGACUGUGAGAUUGAAUGAUCCAAUGACCAAUUGACUGAUUGUCUGGCUGAUGGACUGAUUAAUGGAUUGAUUGACUCAGUCAUUUAUUUAUGCAUUGACAGCAGAAUUCCACAUUCAAGUGAGACUCUAUAAGCACACCUGUUAAGUUCUUAAUAAUGGUAAUAAGAUUGAGGGGAGUCCAAUUCAGUCUGUAAUCAUUCUCUUCAUUGACAAAAUCGGACAACCGCUUUGUGGUUGCCCAAUUUGUUAAUCAAGAGUACAAUUACAGACAGAAUUGAAUGAAACAAAGUUCUGUUACAAUUAAAUUAAUCAAAACUGUGAGAAAGAAAUGAGACAUUGAUUGUACGCUUUCAUAAAAUAUGCAACAAAAGUGCCCACACAUGAUGCGCACUGCAGUCCACUUACACAUGCAGGCAUGACAUGUCAAUUGUCCUAUGAUGCUUUCCAAUUACAUGAUGCACACAUACCAAUCACAUUCAAGAAUUUUGUUAUAGUUUUAAUUAACUCUGGAAUAACUGCAAUCCAGGUGAUUUACAAAUAUAUAACUCCCACAGAUAUUUAUGAAGCAUCAGAAUAAUAGGAAUUGAGUUUGUAGUGACUAAUUAUGGUUGGUAUUUUAAAACUUAUCUCUCUGCAGAUGGAGCAGUUCCUAUUGUCAGAUCUCCAGAGGGUUUUUCCUCUUGAUGCUUUGGCAAGCUCUCACCCCAUAUCAGUUGAAGUUGACCACCCCAAGAAAAUCAAACAGUUAUUUGAUAGGAUUUCCUACAGCAAGGUUAGAAUCAGCAAAUGACUCUUUUAGUAGUUUAUUUUAAUUUAAAUUAUCAUUUACUUUUGCUGUUUUGAUGAUAAAUUAUCAUAAUUGUUCUUUAGACUCUAUUGAAUUGUAAUUGUGAAUGCUAGGCAUGCUUAUAACAAAUAAAAAAAUUUACUUUCAGAUAUGUUUUCAGAGUUGACAGUGUAGGUGGUGGUUGGUAUUAAAUAGUCUGUAGAUCAAUCAAGGAGAUUUUUAGGGCUAAUUAAUGUUUUUUAUAGGCCUAUAAAAAAUGUCAGAAACUUGACCUAGUAUUAAGAGAUGUAUCAAUCUUAUUUUCAGGGUGCCUCUAUUAUUCGGAUGUUGGAAGGGUUUGUUGGAAAAGAGAAAUUUAAAGAGGGUCUCAGUGUAAGUGUAAUAUAAUUAUAUAUUACAGAAUACAGUGAUAAAUAGAGAAUAAUACAUGCGUGCGCAUAGAUAUGGAAUUUUUAUUUUGAGUGUUCCAAACUGUUCUUCAUAUGUUACCAAAGACACAAAAUACAUAACUUGGAUCAAUAUCAGUAUCUGGGCAACUGCUCACCUACCCCUCCCCUAACCCAACAUUAACCCUAACUUGUUAUCUAUAGACUGUUGUUGGGUUAGGGGGAGGGGUAGGUGGGCAGUUGCCCAGAUACUGAUAUUGAGCCGAUAACUUUUGGUUUUUCUUUUCAUAUUUUGGUUUUCUUCCCUUCUAGCAAAGUUGAAAUAACUCUAGAUGCUAGUCACUCUUUGGGGUCAAUAGGUUAACCCUUUAAUUCCCAUGAGUGACCAAGGAAGAAUUUCUCCUAACAAUAUCAAUACAAUAUCAAUCAGAUAAGUGAUGGGAAUAAAGAAAAAUAUAAAUUUGGGGAUAAUUAGUUGAUCCAAUACUUAAUUCUUAGAACAAACAUCAUAAGAAUUGUAUGGUUGACAGUAAGGAGAAUUACAAAUUUGAACUGGGAGUUAAAGGGUUAAGACUGAGUGUUGUAACUACUAAUUGUAUGUACUUUAUCAACAGAUGUGAUUUAUAGUUAUUAUGUUGAACUGUUUGUAAAUAACUGAACUGAUCUAAUUUUUGUUUAUAGUAUUACUUGAGAAAGUAUGCAUACAAGAAUGCUGAAACUCAGGACCUUUGGAAUGCGUUAGGAGAGGUAUAUUAUAAACAUCUUAUUUACAUUUUAUUGAUUGGGUGGUAUAAAUAGUGCAAGCUGUGGUAAACUUUUAGUUGUUGAAUCACUGCUUCUGAAACAAUUAUUAUUUCUGCUUUUAUUGUUUGAGAUUUCCUGUAAGAUGUUGAUUAACUGAAACAUGUUUUGAAUGUAAAUUCUGUCAGGGUAGCCAAUAACAACAAAUAAAUUAUUUCUAAUCAAGAAGUUGCCCAAAAAAACCAUUCUUAUUUGGUUUGAUGAUAGACACAUGACAUUUCUACCUCAAUUAUUUAAGCAUGUAAAAAGUGUGAGAUUUUUUUAAUUUUUGUUCUAUUUUAUUUUUAUUUUAGUGUGUUUUUUUUAUUUUUUAAUUGAAAUUUAUUAGAAAGCCAACAUGGAUGUUAAAACUAUCAUGGAUACUUGGACAUUGCAAAUGGGAUUUCCUGUGGUGACAAUCACGCGCAUUGGUAGCACAGACAAGGCAAAAGCUACACAAAAACAUUUCCUGUUGGAUCCCAACACAAAUGUGACUGUAACAUCUCAAUUCAAGUGAGCUGCUGCAGUUGUUGUUGUCUUUGUUUUGUUUAUUACCUACAUUGGUAACUACUAUCUCUUCAUUAUCCUCCUCCCCAUUAAUGGAGAGUGGUACUGGUUUGAGAGGAGCAGCAGACAUGGGUCUUCAUAGAUUGCUAAAUAGACUUGUACGAUCAUAGAUAAAUAACAAAGUCAUACCCUUCCUUUGUUUUUAAAUUCAUUGCAAAUGUUGUUUGCUAGAUUGCUUUUGCAUGGUUUGGUUUUUUUUUCAUCAGCUACAAGUGGCAUGUACCUCUGACUUAUGUGUUUCAAGAUGCAUCCCAAGAUCCUAAAACAAAAUGGAUGAACAUUUCAUCUGAUUCAGGUUAUUUAGCACAAUAUUUGUUUCCUUUCAAGAGAACUCCAAGUCUCCUGAUAUUAUAAGACUGAUUUUGUUGAUAUAGUACUGGGAAUAUCAUGGUCUAUUGCAUUUUGAUUUGCUACAGAAAAUUAAAAAUGAAAAAAGGAUAUAUUCAAUAUUCAGUUAUUCGUUAUGUAUGUUAAAUUACCUGGUAAUUAAUUACUUUUAAUGAUCACCUGAUUUGAUAUAAAGUGCUAAGUAACAAAUUAUUUACAGAUUUUUAAUAUAAAAUUUUAUGGAAAUUUAUUCCCUGAGUUUUUUUAAUUUACAAAACAAUCAAACAAAAAUUCUUAUUUUUUUAGUUGAGUUCACAUGGCCUAAAAACAAAUGGAUUAAAGGUAACUUUAAACAAGUGGGUUACUACAGAGUGCAUUAUGAUGACGACAACUGGCAAGCACUCGUUCAGCAACUAGAAAAUGACCAUACAGUAAGUAUUAAAUAAGGAGUCUCAUUCUCUCCAUUUUCAUUUUGGCCCACUGAUCAAGUUACAAAGUCUCAGUCUAUUGUUACAAAACACAAUACUAAUUUCUAUCAGUUUCAACUUUAGGACACAAAAUGAGGUGAUAUUUCAAAAAUCCUCUAUUUUGUCAAUAGAAAAGAACUACUGGUUCUUCCUCUUCUGAGCCUUUUAUUAACUUAAUUUUUCAUACGUUUAAUUCACCUUUUUUUCAAUUUUUAAUUAUUUUGAAAACUUUUCUGGCUUACAGGUUUUUACUACUGAGGACAGAUCAAGUUUAAUUGAUGAUGCCUUUAAUUUGGCCAGGUACUGGAACUUCUCCAGCUGCACUUUAUGCUUUAUUUGACACUCAAUGUUUACAUUUUUAUCAUAGGAGAUGAUAAAGCUUAAGCCUUAGAACUUGAAAUUAUAGCAUAAAACAGUUAAAAUCAGUGUGGCUUUAUUUUAUCACACGUCAAUUCAUUGUUCCAAAUUUUUCCCAUGAAACUUUAAGUAAGUAAUUGGUUUUAAUAAAAACAUUUGUUCAAGUCAAAUAUUUUUAUUAGUCUUGUGUGGAAUUACAACAGAAUCUAAUAUUAGUGCUACCCUCUAUAAAUUAAGGCUCUUCUUAACUACUUGUUGAGAUAACUUUUCACCAAUCUUGAUGUAAUGGGCCUGGCACUGGCAAAUAUUGCAUAAUUAACUCUGGAGCCUCUAUGUAAUUUAUGCUAUUAUACCUCUUUUAGUUAAUAUUCAGGACGAUAAAACAGUAAGGUGCUUAAAAGGUAAGGCUGGGUUUCCUGUGAUUGCCCAGGAGAGCACAGGGACACUGUUUGAUCUACUGGACCUAACUCAAGCAUAGUGGAAGAUCAAAUUGUAUUUGUGGGCUUUUUGCAAUUCUUUAAUCUUUACAAGUUUCCUAAUAUUUUGUACAUUACAAUGCAAAAUACACAGUUAUCUUUUUCUCUUUUCUUUGUCCAUAUGCUGAACUAACUCUGUUAUUGUAUAUCAUCUAUAUCAGGGCUGGAUACUUGAAAUAUGACAUUGCUCUGGGCACCUUGAAUUACUUGGGUAAAGAAACUAAGUAUGUUCCUUGGAAGACUGCAUUGAACAGUUUGGGAUUCCUGGAACACAUUCUGAGUGACCGACCAGCAAAUGGAAACUUCCAGGUUUGUACCUUAACCACCCAUUGGAGAAUUGUAAGGACGCAAAGGCUUACUUUGAUAAAAAAAUUAUUUGCUAAAGGAGAAAUUAGUAUUAUUGAAUGGUCGUGUUGGGGAUUAUUCACAAAUGUUUAUUAAGCUUGAGGCAAAUAAUUUUUUUAGUAUAAUUGCUCAGGUGCUUUCUUAUUCUGUUAUUCUUUUCGUUGUUGGUUCCAUUCUGUUACGUUUGUUUUGAUAACUUGUAUCGAGAUACGCAACCAGAUUCCAGUGGAAUUCAACAGGUUUAUUUAACUAAAUAAACCAAAAACGUCAUAUCUUUCGUUUGCGAUACGCCAAACUUAGCAGCGCAUUUAGUGCAGAAUUUUAUUUUCUUCUAUCGCGUUUAUCACAUCCUGUGUAACAUUAACAAAACGCCAGGCAGCCAUUGGAAAUUUAGUACCCCGGCUAUAGUCACCUCGCACGAGGUGAUUAUGGCGAGAUAUGACGCCAAUCCCUAACCAAUCAGAACGUGCAUAUCUCUAUAAUCACAGCAGCAGUUAGACUAUAAAAGCCAUCAUUAGCUUUGAUUCUUAUUGAUUUUGAUAAUUUGUAGUAAGAUUUAAUGGCAAUGAAAUGUCAUUAAUUGAAUUGGCCUGCUUGUAAAGUGUUUCCUGUUGUUCCAUGUCAAUGUCCUUGAUUCAUCUAAUAUUUGCAGAGACUGAUAAGAAGUAAAGUCAAAGCUCUUGCAGAUCAACUCGGUUGGGAAAACAAGCAAGAUGAUAAUCACAUUAAACGGUUAGUGAAACGAUCUGUCCAGAUUGAUUGCUAGCCAUUCUUUGUGCAGUAUGAGGCUUAUUUUUCUGUUUUUGUUUUCUUAAGAUACCUUCGAAGCGCCAUCUUAGGUGCAGCGUGCAGCGCAGGGGAUUCAGACUGUAUUGAAAAUGCAACUCAGAUUUUUAAAGAAUGGAAAAGUGGUAAAAGGUAAAGAAUGAUCAUGUUAUGAAUUUAUUCAGGCAGCUGCUGUCUUCCAAAGUAAGGUUAUUAUUAAUGCUUCUGCGCGAUGCGGGAAGCUGAGCUUACAUACGCAAGAAAAUAUGGUAUCCGAUAGGUCCCGAAAAAUGUGGUUAUCACGUGACCGCAUGUCCGUACACUUGGUAUGAAAUCUUCAUAAGACCAAUGAGCACUUAAUUGUAAGAAAGGGCAGGGGCCUUUUCUCUUUACUCCUUAGGUACUUUCCAUAACUUCGCCGCUAUCUGGUGAUUAACGAAGGUCUUUUAAAAAUUGAUGUUGUUAAUUCUGUAUGGUUAUUCAAUUCUUUUAUUACGAACUGUAUAGAAACACCCUUUUCUUAAACAGGUCUGAAAUAGAUGUAGACCUCCGAACCCUGGUUUACUACUAUGGCAUCAGUAACACUGGUGAAGAGGAGUGGAACUGGUUAUACGAAAAAUUCCUGAACACUACAGAAGCAUCCGAGAAGAGUAAACUUAUGUACGCACUGGCUGCAUCACGUGAGACUUGGAUCCUGAACACGUAAGUUCCUAGACUACUCACCUUAUUACUCACUUUAACCUCGUAACUCACAGAACUAUCAAACAAUAACAGUAUCAACAAAUGAUAUCCCUCAAACAGGUUAUGACAAAAGAUAAGCCUAUAAAUAAGACAUUGUUUACAUAAUAUUGCACUAAAUUCUCUCAACUAAUUCUCAAGGAUAUGCAAGCAUAUGGACUACUAUUGAUGAAAAUUUUCGUGUUUCGUAUUGAGGUUUUUUGUGUUAAUCACCAGGUAUUUAGGAUACUCUCUGGAUUCGUCCAAGAUUCGUUCCCAGGACGCUGUCAGUGUUAUCAGUUACGUUGCCUACAAUCCUGUUGGAAAAUACCUGGCCUGGACUUUCGUUCAAAAUAAUUGGAAGGCUUUGUUUGACAUGUAAGCAUCUAUUCGUAAUCUGUUGCAUUAUAUGCUUCAAAAAACUAUAAAUGACAAAAUGUAAAGAGGAACAACAUAAUGUUUUGAAGAGCGGUCUUUGAAGUGGGGUUGGUCCGUUAGUCUUUCGAAUUUUUUGCAGGUUCAGUACUAGUACCUUCCGUUUGACGAGCCUCACCAACAGUGUGACUCAGUUUAGUACCGAGGCUGAUCUGGAACAGGUUUGACAUAUUUUCAUAUGAAUACUCGGUCUGAAUUCCCUAAUCCACCAGCUCUGUUUCAGUAAUCUGUCCCUGAAAUGGGAAAUAUUACAAGCACCAGGACUUAAAAUAUGUUGACUGACCUUUUGAAGUGUUCAGUUGUGAUAUUUUUCUAGAUGGAUUUAGAAAGUUCUCUAUCAGUCCCUGUGCCUUAUUUAGUGAAUGUCGUCCAAAGCACGAAAUAUAUCUGAUUAGCACAAAGUUUUGAAUGGCAGUCAAUUCGUUGAUAAAUUUAUUAAAAAUAGGGCUGAUUGGCGUGUUAUCAAUAAUAGUGUUUUUAAAAUUCCUUGCAGAUGAAGGCAUUCUUUGACCGUUCUGAGGCAGGUACAAGCGAGAAUGCUCGUAAACAGGCCAUCGAGCGUACACAAGCAAACAUCGAGUGGCUAAAGAAAUACGAAGAAAUUAUCACAACCUGGCUUAAAAAUAAUGUUGGUUCAUAGGAAAGUUAAUCGUUUGGUACAAACUUUGGGCCCAUAACAUUUUGAGAAGCUUCUCAUUUUAGUGCUAAAGAAAGAUGAUAGCGGGCGUGCGAGUCAUAGCAGUUUUCAGUAGAGUGUCGAGUGUAAUCCGGAACUGCUUUGGGUUUCUUUACAACAUUGUGUGUUUGGCUUAGAAAAAAUACGUGCCACGUGCACGUUCUGAACCAGAAGCAAAACCAAAACAAAUUGCGACUUAAUCACACGCGUUUUCCCGCGCUUCACAGUUUACUCGUGUUAAUUUUUUUAAUUCUUCCUCCUGGUUUUCACUUUUGCUGUGAUUGGUCGUUAAAAUUUCUUUGACACGCCCGAAGUGCGCUCUUGUAGCGACCUUGCGAAAACUGGGCGAUCUUUCCUCACGGGGUUUCGUUCGUUCAGCUAUCGCCCUGGACCUUGCCCAUUGUUGUCGAACUCGACAAAUCAGAGAACGUGGUCUUAGUUUUAGUAGUUAUAUUAAUAGGCAACAUAAGCUUACAGUUUUGUUGUAUUUUUGGUAUAAUUCCUUACUCCCAUCUUUGUCACCCGAUUCUCAAGUUUCCUGUUAAUCUAUAGUAAAACUCGGGCAUAUGUUUCUUCUUUUACUUUUGCAUAAUCUCAAGGGUUCUGGUUUCCUUCAUCAUCUUUUUUCUUGUUUUUAAUACGAGCCUACUUUUUAGAUAAUUAUUGUACUCAGAGUCAUUUUUUUAAAUUGAAGCACUGGCCUAGGUUGAAGGUUCCAUUAAGGUUUUAUACUACCAAUUGCUUUUUGGGAACAUCGCGCUAGUUUCCAUUCUGGAGAGCGUUGCGUGACAGACCAAAGGUUUGGCAUUUGUCCUGAAUUGGAUGUAAUCUUUUUUCAGUUUUAAAUCUGUUUUUUGCGGAUUUUGUAUGAACGUCCUGUUCUUACUUCAGUAUAAAGUUGAGGAGUGUCUGUAUUCCCUACGAUUUAGAAAACAGUGCACUAAGUGUAAGGCUGUUUUGAUAUCGACCUCGUCGUUGUUCCAAUAAAUCUGCUUGUCACUGUUUAUAACACAUUCCUCCGACGGUUAGAUUCCACCCAAGACAAAAUCGCUCUUGAGGUGGUGAAUGGAAAUAACUGGAUUGGAAUCAUUUAAGUCGUUAUAAUAACGAGAUAAAGUUUUCGUAAUACUUCGUCCAUAUUGGAAGAGUCCUUUAAACAAAUUAGUACGAAUCAGUUAACUGGUUUUCAGAAAAUUCAAUUAUAACUUAAUUACAUGUAGUUAGGCUUAAAAAGGUAUCUUUUUAUAACUGUAGGAAACUUUGUAGGUGAGGAUUUCUGACGGAGAUCUUGACCCUUGAUGCCAACCACUUUCGAAUCCUCAAUGUGUUGAUACAUGAAUUCAGUGAUUUAUCUAGGUAGGGACGUCUUUUCAAGAGGCACUCAUAGAACCAGAAAUAGUUAACCUAGAGUAUAGGAAUCCCUUUCAACUAAGUAACAGAUGCAAAGGUUGAAAAUCAUUUUUGCUGUUAUUUUUUGCUGAUUUCUUUCAACUCACAGGACGGACAAUUGCUGAGAAAGUGAUGCUGCUUGUGUUCUGUUACUUAAAGAACUGGUAAUAACUGUGGCUAGCUUUCCUUAGCCGGCUCAUGAGUAGACCUUGAGAUAGAAACUUCAGUGUUAGGUAUUAGACAUAAGGGUUAGGGCGUAUAGCUGCAGUAACCGUGACAGACGGUAGUUUUAGUCAAUCAGAGAAUAUUUUUACAGGUAUUUUUGUAUACAUCAAAUGUGAAUGUAUGACUUAUGAAUCAGACAGAAAAACAUUAAUUAUUUUUUUACCUUGCAGCGCGUAUUUUUGUAAUUUAGGUGUGAAAGGUCAUAUAAACCAUAAUCUGUUAAAAAAUAAUAAUAAUAAUGUCAUGUGAUUGUAAACUAAGUAUGUUUAUGAUUUUAUUUAUGUUUUUUUGUCUUUGCUUUUCCAAGUUUCUCUUUUCUAAUUGUUGUAGUUGAAUAAGUCGAAUGAGUUGUGGGAGCUUUCUGUACCAUGAAGCGCCCUGGCUCAUUGUUGUCCCUCCCUUCCCCCGUUUGAUCAGCUCGCAAACCAUCAGGCAAAUGUGUCUCCAAGCUUAAAUCCACCUCACAAGACCUUGAGGUAUAUCUGUAUCAAUUUUUGGUGGGUUGUAUUUGAAUCUGCACAGCACCAAUCUUUUUCACUUCUAGACACAUAUGCCGGUCUUCAGUCGCCGUAUGAUCACGAGCCCACUGAUAUAAAGGUGGGGCAGCAGUAUAAACCAGUUCACGUAAUGCGCGCGGCAAUUUGUAACCGAGAAUAUUCCACGUCCCCAUUCCAUGGAAAGAUCUUGGUUGCGCUCCCAGAAACCGUUAUGAGGUCACACAACAACAUUGACCUCAGACACUUCAGCAGUGUUUUCAUUUUCUAAAAAAAUUUUAAAAAAAAACCACCUUAUAUCACGGAUUAGACAAAUUGUUUAAUCAUGUGAUGUUGAAAGAUGCAGUGAUUCGCAUUAACUGACCACUGUCUUCCGAAGACAGAACUUACAAGAACAACUGAAAAUGAGGUAUCCAGUUAUUGUUUAAAGAUCUUCUUAUUGUAGUCUUCAGUAUAAUUUUCGUAUGGCUGUCUCUUCAAAUAUUUAAGACAUUAAAAUCUUUUGGGGUUAUCAUCAAUUUAAGACCGAGGGGUACAAGAAAGCGUUGAAUAAAAAAAAUUUAACGUGAAGCGACUUCUGGUGAGUAUUCAUUAGACCCGAGCAAAAGGAAAACUAAAGAAUGUUUUGCAUUUCCUUAAAAAAACAAAUUCGUAA